AUGAAGUUGGCGCAUAAUCUUCAGAUUCCAAAUUACACAGGAGGCUACAUGAUGUCUAGAUUCAAUAUUAGUAUUUCGGCGAAUAUGCAGAAUGCUCUUGAAACAGCUCGACUUUUUAGACCAGACUUCGACGCUGCUAUUGACGGCGCUUACGGAUGCUUUUGCAAUUUUGCAUAUGGAAACAAACCUUACGACCAGUCUGCUCUUGGAAAUACUCCGAUUGACGAGAUCGACGCAAGCUGCAAGCAUUUGAAGGACUGUUUACAGUGUGCAAAAGCUCAGUUUGGCGAUAGCUGUACAACUGAGCAGACCUUUUUUACUCGGGAAACGGAUUCUUGUUUAAAUCAAGCUGGAACUUGUGAGCGUGCCAUUUGUGAGUGCCACAUGCAAUUUGGGCGAAACCAAGCAGAUGCUCAUUUGAAUACUGGAGGCCAUGAUCAAGCUGCGCUUUGGGGAGACAUGACUGACGGAAGUUUCAUCAAUUACAGAAGCAAUGUUUGCCCAAGUUUGUGUCCAGCAGGCAAAAUCAAGCUAACAACGAACGAUGCUACCGAUUUGAUUCUUGAGGCUACUGGGAUUUUCAAAGAACAACGACUCUUCACUGAUUCUUUUCAUGAUGUCUACUUUGACAAUGGAAAAUGGAUGAAAUUCUUAUUCAUAUUCUUCGGCUUGGCGGAUUUUAUACAAGCAGAGAAAACGACAGUAGAUAUUAUUGUUACAGUGCCUUUCAAUCGAACCGACACUUUUGGCGAGACAUAUCCAUUCAGCAGGGAUUAUGUCGAGCCAGCGCUGACCUGGAUGAACAACAAGAUCAGCACACAGCAAGAAGAAGUCGAGUUCAACCUGACGUACAAGGACAGCAAGUGCAGCAAAGAUGGAGUGGCCCUUUUCUGGGGCGAUGAAUUCAAACCGCCGCGACAAAACCCACUCGCUUUUAUCGGACCAGUUUGCGAAGAUGCUGCAGUUCAGGCUGCUCUCAGUGGAAAGCUCUUCCAAUUUCCGAUAAUGACCCCUGGAUACUUCGGUGCAAACAGCUUGCGACACAAAGAACAGUUCCCAACGCUUGUGCGAACACUGCCUGGUUUUUUAGAAGUUGCGCUUUUUAUUCGAAAGCUUUUUGAAACACUAGGUUACGUUCAAAAUGGUUGUCGACAGAAAAUCAACCUUGUCUACGAAUACGAUCAAACAAACUUCGACUCCAUGGUCAAAUUCCGCGAGCAGCUUAUCCACGCCGUCAAUUUCGCCUUCCAAGAAUACAACGUCGUUUUUGACGAGUUUAUCGAGAUUGAAAUGAGCAAAAUUGAAAAUGAUGACGAUCGACUGAUGUUUGAAUACACGCUGAGCAAAAAGGUUGAAAACAUAAUCUCAGAUGAUGGGCGGCCCGUUUCGACGAUUAUAAUCGGCCACUACGAUCUCGCCGAGGAUAUUCUUCGAGAAGCAAAAUAUCAAGGAAAAUUAAAUCGCGAAAUAUACGAUUGGUUUCUUAUAGACCUUCACAGCGCCUCGACGUACUUGUCCCGUCACUGGCUUUAUGACCGUAAUAUUUCGAAAUACGAUGAUGACUUCGAAGAAGAAAUUGAACUGGUUUCCCAUCUCAAUGUUAUCACGCAGUACCAAGAUGAUAGAUACGCGGACGAAGAUCAAUCUCAAGACUAUGCGAAUUUUACUGAGUUUGUUCUUGAAGAAUACGAGAAGAACAAUGUUGAAUCUCCUCUUGAAGAACCCGGGACGUUCCCACGUGCGUUUGCUGACACGCUUUACGUCUUCUAUAUACUGUGGCGCGAUUUCCACCAGAACAAAGCUCGUUAUGAAUACCAGGACGCAGUGCCUCUCAUUAAUCAACUCAGGCACGGCUUUAUUUCGAAUGCUUUUGGCGAAGUGAUGGCAUUUGAUGAAAACUUGGAGCUUUUUGGGAAAUACCAAGUAUUGCAAUUCAAGGAAAAAGUGCUCAAAUGGAAGCAAACUGCUACACAAACGAUGAUCGGACAAUGCCCUGAUUGCAAAAUGAGCAACGUCCAAAUCAAAGACAAUCAUCGAUAUAUUGAGCCACUUGAUUGCGCCGGAGUCGCUUCCAACACCCCACCGAUGAUAAUCGAUAAGUACGAAGGAUCGAGUACGUCGGACUUGUACGAAGUAAAAUACGAACGCGAAAGCAAUGAAAUUAAUACUGCAACUUGGGCUGGAGUCAUUGGAGCCAUGAUUCCGACGAUGGUCAUCUUCAUUGUCGGAAGCGUACUUUAUUGGAUUUAUAGGAAGAAAAAAUAUGCAAUAGUCCUUGUCAGAAGCGUUUCAGAAAGUCGCCGUCAAAAACGCGCUAAAAUGUCAAAAGAAACUUCGUCCCAAAAAUCCUCUUGCAAGUCCAACAUUCAGCAGCAUGUCAUACCAGUAAUUGAUCCAACGUUACAGCGAGUAGAAUCAAAUAGAACGUCUGAAGAGCUCCACGUUCAACUACAAGUUCAGGACUCGGUUGAAGACAUAGAAGAGAUCAAACCGCCAAAACUAAAUAAAGAAAGCAAAAGUAUAUUAAAGAAAAAUAUGAAAUCGCUGCGAUCAAAGUCAGAAGAUAGCGAACUCUUCGAUGAAGUCUGCCAUUCGUUAACAUUCGACUAUCACUGA